ACGAACCCGCCCGCACGCAGAUCGUCCCCAGACCCCGAGAUGUGCGUCGUGGGCCUCGGGACCCUCCUCCUGCUGCUGUCGGGGGCCCUGGGCCUGACGGGGACCCGGGCGGGCUCCCACUCCAUGAGGUAUUUCCACACCUCCUGGUCCCGGCCCGGCGGCGGGGAGCCCCGGUACAUCUCCGUCGGCUACGUGGACGACACGCAGUUCGUGCGGUUCGACAGCGACGCGGUGAGUCCGAGGAUGGAGCCGCGGGCCGCGUGGAUGGAGCACAUAGAGCAAGUGGACCCGGCGUACUUGGACCGGAACACGCAGAUCAGCAAGGGCUGGGCACAGAGUUACCGAGUGGGACUGAACACUCUGCGCGGCUACUACAACCAGGACCUUUCCUCCUGGACCGCGGCCGACACGGUUUCCUGA